AUGCGAUGGCGCGCUCGCGAGGGACGAGCAGCGGUAAGCAAGAUCCACGAGUGGAGCGGCAAUGCGCUGCAAGCAUACGAUUCUCAGCGGCGCAGCAGCCAGGCGCCGGGCAUGGCAGCCACUGUCGCGGCGCUGAAAUAUUGCGCCAGAUCGAGAGACAUUGGGAGCGGGAGGAGGAUUCACUGCGAUCUUCGGCAGAGCUCGGCGCUUUCUCGAUCGAUCUUGCUGGAGAAUAUUUUGAUCGACAUGUAUUUCAAGUGUGGUGGGGUUGGGGAGGCUUGGCAGCUCUUCCAGGAAAUGCCUCACAGGAAUGUCGUCUCGUGGACUUCUAUGAUCCUUGGAAGUGUUGACAGCGGCGAUCCGGAGGUGGCUUGGAAGCUCUUUUCGCAAAUGCAGGAGCAGGGUGUUGUUGCUGAUGCUCGGAGCUAUGUCGCUGCAUUGAAGGCUUGCUCCAGCCUGGUCUCUAGACGAAAACCCCAGGAUGAGAACGGUGGUGAUCUCUUGGAGAAAACGAAGGCACUACACGCUCAGAUCUUAAAGGCUGGCCACGAGUCGGACAUCUUUGUGGGAAGCUCGCUGGUGGAUCUCUAUGCCAAGCUGGGGAACUUGGUGGAAGCUCGUCACGUCUUUAGCAGGAUGGAGAGCCGCGACGUUGUUUCGUGGAAUUCUAUCAUCUCCGGCCAUGCACGGUUUGGGGAGGGGGAGCUAGCUCUGGAAUUGUUCGAGAAAAUGCAAGAGCAGGGAUUCAAGCCAAGUGCUCGGACCUACGUAGCUGCUGUUCUUGCCUGCUCGAGCUUGGCAGUCCGGGAGAAGGGAACUCUAGUUGACGGCACAGUUGUCAAAGUGGUUUCUCUGAGGAAAGGUUGUGCGUUACACUCUCAGCUUGGCAGAGAUGGGCUUCUGCCGCAGCUUAUAGUCGCGAACUCUCUUAUUGAUUUCUACGUGAAGUGUGGGAGUAUGGAGCUUGCACGGGAGGUCUUUGACAAGAUGGCAAAGACCAGUGUAGUUUCGUGGACGUCUAUGAUCACGGGCUAUACUCACUGUGACCAAGGCGAGAUCAGUCUCCAGUUUUUUGAGAGGAUGCAAGAGAAAGGCUUGGUCCCGGACGCUCGGACUUUCGUCGCUGCAUUAAAGGCCUGCAGUAGAUGUGCCGACGGCGCCAAAGAGAAGAUCGUUUUGCUGGACAGAAGUUGGAAGAUCUACUCUCAGCUCAAGCAGGCUGGACACGAGAUGGACUUGUUCGUUGCAAGCACUCUGGUGGACCUGUUUGAGAAGCUGGGUAGCAUGGUGUACGCACAGCAGGUUUUUUACGCACAAGACAUCUUUGACAGAAUGGCCAGCAACGACAUGGUCUUAUGGAACUCAAUCAUCAGGGGCUACUCACAGAAUAGUCAUGACAAUCUGGAACUAAAGACAUUCGCAACAAUGCUGAAGAUGGAUAUAAUGAACUAA